AUGUCAGACAAAAUGGAACAUGAAAGUGGCGAUGUUGAAACAUUCGCUUUUCAAGCUGAAAUUGCACAAUUAAUGUCAUUGAUUAUUAAUACAUUUUAUUCCAAUAAAGAAAUUUUCUUACGUGAAGUUAUUUCAAAUUCAUCUGAUGCAUUGGAUAAAAUUCGUUAUGAAUCACUUACAGAACCAACAAAACUUGAUACUGGAAAAGAAUUAUAUAUUAAAAUCAUACCAGAUAAAGCCAGUAAUACAUUAACUAUUAUUGAUACUGGUAUUGGUAUGACAAAAGCUGAUCUUGUUAAUAACUUGGGUACCAUUGCUCGAUCAGGUACUCGUGCUUUUAUGGAAGCACUUCAAGCUGGUGCUGAUAUUAGCAUGAUCGGUCAAUUUGGUGUUGGUUUUUAUUCAUGUUAUUUAGUUGCUGAUCGUGUAACAGUUACAUCAAAACAUAAUGAUGAUGAACAAUAUGUUUGGGAAUCAAGUGCUGGUGGUUCAUUUACAAUUAAACGUGAUACAUCUGGUGAACCACUUGGUCGUGGUACAAAAAUUGUUAUGUAUCUUAAAGAAGAUCAAACUGAAUAUCUUGAAGAAAAACGUGUUAAAGAAGUUAUUAAAAAACAUUCACAAUUUAUUGGUUAUCCAAUUAAAUUAGUUGUACAAAAAGAACGUGAAAAAGAAAUAUCCGAUGAUGAAGAUGAAGAUGAUAAGAAAAAAGAAACCGAUAAAAAAGAUGAAGAUGAAACCAAAAAAGAUGAAACAGUAUGUUAUCAAACAUUUCUUUUUUUUUUUUUUAUUCUUUUGUGAAACAUGAACGAAAACGAGUAUUGUAGUAUAGGAGUAGCAAUUUAAACUAUCUUACAGACAUUGUUGAUAUACAGUCAAAUGAUAUCUCGUUCCAAUAUAUGAACCACUUUCUCACUGCAUGUCUCGAGAA